AUGAUUGGGGAUGGACGAUUGUCGCCGGCGCGAAGGGCUUGGCGACGGCGACCUAGCUUUCCGGCGCGGAGGAAUCGCUCCCGCGCGUCGAGCGAUGACGAUGGAGCGAUGACGAGCGAGCCACGAUCCCCUGCAAUAACGAGCGAGCAGAGGGCGACGGCGCCGAAUCGGUCUCCCAACAAUGGCGACGUUCUGUGUUCUGUCUCCUGCCCUUCAGAGUUCCAGUCGCGAUUUUGGGGGGGGGGUGAAGAAUGCAGACAGACUGAAUCCGUCGAUAAGGGUGAGUCAUAG